GCUUGGUGAGUGAAGUUUUCGACACACGCUCCAAACUGUCCACGGUGUGACUCGCGUGGAUUUGUGCCGUGAGCUGACGUGACGUCAGAACGGUGUCUUUGCAGACAUGCCAGGAACAGCUGAUCACAUCCGAGAGAAACUCAUCACGGCGCUGGAGGCUGCGCACGUGGAAGUGGAGGAUACGUCACCCAGCCACUGCGCCGCCAGCUUCAAAGUUACGAUCGUGUCGUCCCAGUUUGAAGGAAAAUCACUGUUAAACAGGCACAGGAUGGUGAACGCGUGUCUGGCGGAUGAGCUAAAGGACAUCCACGCCUUCGAGCAGAAGACGCUCACACCUGAAGAAUGGGACAAACGCAAGUCUCAGUGACGGACGUCCGCCGCACGCUGGUUAGCGUCAGCAUCAUGAGCUAAAGCAGCCUGUACUUCCUGUUUCAUACCGCUGAAAUAAAACUCUGGCAAACUGCACUUUGCU